AUGCUCUCCCCUCUCUCUCCCUGCUCUCCCCCCAUCCCUUACCCCUCUCCCCAUCUCCUGAUCUUUCCCUGUCCCCUCUCUCCCUCACCUCCCUCCCCUCUUCCCCACUCCCAACAGCAACGGCGGCGACCAGGGCAUGCACCUGUGCUGCCUUGCCAGCUCGUCCAACUCGCACCAGCUGGCGCAUAUGGCAAUGCUCGUACAACACAUUCCCGCUCACCCCCACUCAACGGGGGCGAGCUGCAUCUGCGCAACCAGGGCACGCAUCUGUGCCGCCUGGCCAGCUCGUCCAACUCGCACCAGCUGGCGCGGCUGCUGGAGUUCGGCGCCGACCCCAACGCCGCUGACUACGACGGCCGCACCGCGCUGCACGUGGCGGCUGCUGAGGGGCACCUCAACGUGGUCAAGGUGAGUGAAUGA